UACAAGUUUGUGUUGACUUUGUUGUUCUAUUGAAAAAGUAGAAUUUAGAAUUUACUUAUUACUAAUUGUUCGUUCAUAAUUAUACUACACAUAGUGCUAAUUUAAAACCAGUGGUCAGUUAUUGUUUCAUAAAGGAGUGUUUGUGCAUAAAGGAGUUCGAACAAAAAGGAAUUGUCCUUGCAUGUCCAAAAUUCCUUGCAUUUUCUUCAUAAUUUGUUAUCGAGUUGCAGUGUAUAAAUAAUGGCAACAAGAGCAAUUAUCACGAUGUCGGAGCGGGCGAUGGAGUGCCCAGUAUGCCUGGAGACGAUGACACCACCUAUCCUGCAGUGCCAACGCGGGCACAGCCUCUGCAGCCGCUGCACAAGUCGCGGCCUCACGCAAUGCCCUAUUUGCCGCUCGCCCAUGACGGAUAUGAGGAACUGGGCUUUCGAAGAUAUCAUUUCAAAGGUGAAUACGCCAGCCCCAGUGCCAACACCAGCGGCACCGUCGUCCAAACUGCUCUGUCCUCACAAAGAUGCGGGCUGCGGGUUCACAUUCAGCCAAGCUAAAGCACGCGAGCUAGAUGAGCACGCCAAUGAAUGUAUCUUUAGGGACAUGCUCUGCCCGCUUGGCGCCGCUUUCAGCAACUGUUUUUGGAUAGGUAAACUCAAAAGCAUGAUGGACCACUUCAAACAGAGCCACCCAUCUAGCUGCGAGAUUGUCUCCGGCGUCGACACGGAACUCGAGCUCCCCCUCAACCAAGACCUGGUCAAGGUCUACCUAGCUGCCACUGGCCAUAUGCACUUCAUCAUCACCAUGAAAAUAGACAUGACUACUACCACUGCCUCCUGGGUUGUGCAGCAUAUUGGCAGUAAGAAAAACGCGCGUCUAUACACAUAUGAGAUUUAUCUAACUAGUAAGCAGGACGUUAGGCGGCGCUCUGUGAUGGUGGAACACUGCGUCAAUGAUGUGGUGGAGCCUCUGGAUGUUAUUAGGGAGGGGAGAUGUGCGGUCAUGCCGUUGAAAAUGCUGACGCAUUAUGUGACGGACAAUAAGGUUAUUUUCAAGUUAGUUAUUAAGAAGGUACCGCCGACUAACGUCAUAACUUCAUAAGAAAUAUAAUAAUACGUAACGUUACCAUGGAGAUCUGUCCACAACGUGACACUUUUUCGUGCAUGCUACCGGUGUUUAUCGAUUUAUAAGACGUUAUCACGUCAAAAACUAAAUUUUAAGGGAAAUAAUUCUUAAAUACGUUGACAUUUCAAACAUUCGUCCGCCAUAUUGUCAUUUCUUGACAGGUUAGGCAUCGAAGGCACAGACCUUCGGCAUUCAGCCACGAUUGAAAUAUAUCCAUAACUCCCGCGGGAACAAUAUAGGCCUUUACCAGUCAGUACAGCUGCAUGAAAUAAGAUCUUUUUCGAGCAAGUGCGAUGAAAAAGAAAGAAAGUGAUAAUAAUUCUCACUUGACAGUUUAUCGCAUGAGAUUGCUGACAGGUUGUGCCUUACUUUAAUGCACCUAAUAUGUAAGGUCAACCUCAACAAUCAACAUAAUAAAAGAUUUUUGACCUUUGUUCCAUUGUGUGAUUUGACUAAUUUGUGUAGAUAUUUAUGGUGCUGACUAUUAUGUAGUGCAUGAAUUAACUGACAGCACAGAAUAAGUACCUAUAUCCAUAUCCAAGGUGUAGGGUUAGUAAGGUCAGGGCUUAUUGGCUUGGCUUUUGCUGAGAUCUGAUAACUUUUUUUACGGUAAAAGCUAGUGAGUCUAUGCCGCUAAUUUUACAUGAAAUGUUUUUGGUUAAUUUUCCCCUCCACAUCAACAGAAAGUUGAGGGUGAAAGUUACAGAUUUCUUAAGUUUUCUGAUCUAUGUAUGUAAAUCCUAGGCUCCAUGCCAAAUGUCAGCUUUCUAGGACAUCGGGAAGUACCCUAGAGAAAAGGUAGG